CACCGAGCCAGAGACAACGAGAGUCAAUGCCCAAGAUGUCACUCACUUUCCAUACAAAUGCUGCUGUUUGACUUGUCAUUGUGGGGGAGAAACCUCAGGACUAGUGCCAUUUAAGGAAAUUCUAGUCCGAGCUCCGUAUCCCGAAUUCCGUCUCGCUGUUCUAAAGACUCCUCAUACAUUGCUCAAUAGAACAAAUACUACAGAGACCAGCACACGACCAGAAUCCAUCAGCAAUCGAUAGAGAAUCAUCCAUACAAGGCAUAUUUCACUAUGGCCUCACAAUCUGCCACUUAUUUGCGUCGGAACGGCAAGCCACAGUCCUGCGAGAGAUGCCGGAAAAUGAAAAUUAAAUGCGACCACGCAACACCGACAUGCGGCCGUUGUCUCAAAAGAAAUAUGCCAUGCUUGUAUGACCCCGCUCCUUUGACGAAGAAAUUCCGAGCGGCUUGCUUCGACCAAACAGAAUCCGCAAAAUCCCGGGUACCUAGUAUAAAGAAAUCCGCGACACCAACGAUUUUCGAGCCCCAUUCGUCAAGUCUCCAUUCCGAUCGAAGUAUUUUGCCAGAUGAGGCUGUUGUGAUUGACGCCCCGCAGGUUAAAAACGCCGGCUUUCUUGGUCCCAUCAGCUACUACGCCUUAAUGGGCGGAAACCAGGCUCCUCUAAAUCAAUUGAGUGGCACUCUUGCUGCAGGUGACCCUGUAGCUACUCACACGAUUGAUCCCAAGCGGCUGGAACUGGGCCUAGAGGUAGUCGAAUUUCUUCGAAAUAAUGCGCCUCUAGUUCAAAACCUGGUGAAACAUCUUCACUACAUGGGACGGAUGUAUAUCAUGCCGGAGAAGCUUACAAUAUCUGCCUUAGAAAGGCUGUGGGACCUCAUUGGUGAUGAAUACGCCUCGGCAGAUGAUUCCUACAGACUUCAAAUUGUCAUUCGCAUAUUCCGCAACUCUUAUCAACCGAUAUCGUUGACCAAGUCAUCGCGCAUGGAUGAGCUCUGCCAUUUGAUAAGUGGCGAGAAUGUUCGUUGGGAGACCAUAGGGAAUAUGCUUAUCAUGUCUAGUCUAUCCCUUUUACAUGUCCACCAUAGGGAUAUUGAGUCUGUUCAGCCUGGGAUUGGAGACAAACAAGACCUUCUCACACGGUUCCAUAAGGUUAUUGAUAGUCUGUCUUCGUUGACCAAUGCAUCACCCAUAUUAAACGAACUUGUCGUUUCCUACAAGUUCAACCGAAUUCUUCUUCUCCUGCAGCGGUUUGGAGACUCCAGUCAAUACUUGUACUCCUCUUUCGUGGAGCUCACAUCCUGUAUUUAUGCCGCUGGUAUUCAUCGAGACCUUCCGUUUAAUGGUGAAUAUCCUGGUUUUCUGCAUCAAUGGCGUCGGCGGUGUUUUUCUUUAGUUUAUUCUUUUGAUAAAACAUUUGCCACUGUUCUUGGUCGACCACCGCAGAUGAAUCGACAUUACUGUAUAUUGGAGCCGCCACUAGAUAUUGAUGAUGGCGUAUUUGGUUUAGAUGCAGAGGACCAGAUACGCUGUCUCGACCAGAAUGGAUGGAAUACCGACGGAAAAAGGCGUUCUACGACCUUCAUACGUCUCCGAUUUCUUCUUUCGUCCCUCCGCGAGGAAAUCCUAGAACUCCAUCUUGGAGUGAAUAAAUUCGAUGUGGCUAGUAAAGCUCAACUUGUACUAAAAAGGCUUCAAUCCAACUGGCAGGCCUGCCCCAACAAUAUGAAAUACUCCUCUGACAUGUGGCAGAGUUCCAUGUCUUGCCAAUACAUACUACCCCUUCUUUGGUUUUAUAUCGAUUAUCAAUACUCGACGUUCCUAAUCUAUCGACUUACCUCGCCUGACCCUUUUCGCGGCAGCUCAGCGCAGAUUUUACAGGUAGCAAGGAACAUUUUAUCUACCAUCUUGGUGAUCAAUGAUGAGCGUGAUCGUGCUAGAGAAAUUCGAAGCGACUUUACUUCAGUUUUCCUCCCAUACGGCCUUCCUUGUGUUGAGGUCCUCACAAUGGAAUUACUCCAUCGCCCUUCUCUAUCAACACACAACUCUGAGUAUCGUUUUCCUAGGGCCGAGAUCAUCAGGGAUCUUACUGUCUAUGUUUCUUGCUUAGGCUGGGUUGCUCGACCGGGGGGCGGGAAUUUCGAAUUUUGCAAGGAAGUAAAGGCGAAACUCACCCGUAUCUUGGAUCAAAUCAUUGAUCCAAUGUCCAACACUGUUUCAACUUAUACAAGAGAGACCAAACUCCCUACCGAUACCCUUCCUACUGUGAACCAGGAGGUUAUGGAUCAGAUUAAUAGUUGGAAUCAUUUAUUUGAUUGGGAUGCAGGGUUGCAUUGGGACUCUGGAUUAGAUUUGCUAUGUGGGCCGGUGCUUUAGAAUUUUUCAUUGUUCUGUUUUGAUACCACCACCCAUUGUAAAUUUGAUCGUCAAUUUCUUCUGUAAUCACAUCAACAGCUCAGCAGAAGUAACGCUCGGUUUAUAUGAAUUUUUUUGCCCAUCACACUAAGACGGAGAGUGCCG